UUGGGAAUCUUAUUUUCUUUCUGAAAGUCCAGAGGAAUCCCAGGACCCAGAAGAGAAGCAUCUGGAGCAGUUGCUGCAGAACAAAAUGGAAGAUUCACCAGCUGGCAUGGACCUCAGCCACUCUCGGGAGCAAACAGAGCCAACAGAUGUUCCAGAUGUUUUGACUGAUGGCAAUUCUAACACAUCCCAUGAAAUUGAAAACAUGGACAACAGUGAAGACUCAAAGGAAUAUCAGUUGACUAAUGGAGAAGGGAGAGAAGAAGAUGGCUUGCUUAAAGGCAAAGGUGAAUACACUGAGAAAGAAGAUGGCGUCUUGAAUUCUGAACCAAUGGAAAACCGAGGAGAGCCUGGGAGCCUUUAUAACUGUCAGCAGGAGUAUGGAGACUAUGAGAGCAUCGAGCUAGAGAGGCAUUCUGGGCCGUACGACCUCAUCAGGCCAUCUAGUGGAAAGCUGAUUUGCCACAUUUGUGGGUUGCGCUGUGUCAGCCUCAAUGUCUUGAUGGUUCACAAGCGCAGCCACACUGGUGAGCGCCCUUUCCAGUGUAACCAGUGCGGGGCCUCGUUUACUCAGAAGGGCAACCUUCUCCGCCAUGUUAAACUUCACACCGGGGAAAAGCCAUUCAAAUGCCACCUUUGCAGCUAUGCCUGUCAAAGGAGAGAUGCGCUCACUGGUCACUUAAGGACACAUUCUGUGGAGAAACCAUUCAAGUGCGAAUUCUGUGGGCGGAGUUACAAGCAAAGAAGCUCAUUGGAAGAACACAAAGAGAGAUGCCGGACUUACCUGCAGAACGCUACCCUUGGUGAAGCCGAAAGCGUGGAGGGAAGGCACAUCAAAGCCGAGAUGGGGACUGAACGGGCCCUUGUGCUGGACCGCUUAGCGAGCAACGUGGCCAAACGGAAAAGUUCCAUGCCUCAGAAAUUCAUUGGUGAGAAACGCUCCAGCUUUGAAGUGAAUUACAACCCCAGCUUUGUGUACGAGAAGGAGAGGGAGGCCAUGUUGCAGGGAUGCCUGCUGGACCAACAAGCCAUCAACAAUUCCAUGGGCUACCUUGGCGCAGAAUCCCUGCGCCCGCUUGUGCAGAACCCGGCACCCCCGACCUCGGAGAUGGUGCCCGUGAUCAGCAGCCUGUACCCCCUGGCGCUCACCCGCUCUGAAGUGCCCAACGGCAACCCUCAGGAGGUGGAAAAGAGCCAUGCCCAGCUGAGAGACAAGGCUAUGUCUUCCGACAGAGGCCUUUCUCCAAACAACAGCGGCCAAGAUUCCACAGACUCAGACAGCAACCAAGAGGAGCACCAGAGCCUUGCCUACCACCAGAACCAAGCUGCUCCUCCUCCUCUGCAGGCCCGUAAUGGGCUCCUGGUCUACAAGGAGCACCCCAGGUCCUACGAGAUCUUCAGGCCACCCGUCGUUUGUCCUCGUGACGUCUUGAAAGUCUUCAACAAGGAAGGCGAACCCAUUGGGGUCUACCGAUGUGACCACUGCCGCGUCCUCUUCCUGGAUUACGUGAUGUUCACCAUCCACAUGGGAUGCCACGGCUUCCGUGACCCUUUUGAGUGUAAUUUGUGUGGCCACCGGAGCCAUGACAAAUACGAGUUCUCCUCCCACAUAGUCCGUGGCGAGCACAGAAUGGGACUGAAAUGAGAGCAGAACUUCUCCCAUCAGUUUCUGGGGAGACUCGUGCACCGUAACCUAAAACCAGUCCAAAACCAAGUUCGAGUAUUGUGUGAUUUCUACCAAACAACCUGGGGGGUGGGGGUGGGGAAUUAUAACUUGUGGGUAUUUCCUUGACUCCAUGGAUCUACAGUCUUCAGGGUUCCUUGUCCAGGAACGUGGGGAGUUUAAGAUGUUUACAUUUGUAGUGUAGUCAGAUUUUUAAAACCCUUAAAAAAAAACACGUGGAGAGAUUUCGUUGACAUUUUUCUGUACCAGCUGUAAAAAAGGUUCGGCCAGAGGUGAGGAAUCUGUAGGCCCCAAGCCCGGAUGUUACUGGGCUACAACUCAUAUCACCCUUAGCACCCCUCAGAAACGUGAAAAAUUAAGCGGUAUAUAGAUGUCUUAAAUAAAAAUAGAGAAAUAUUGGCCAUGCUCUCUAAGGCUGAUGAGCACUGGGAAUCCCACAGUGUCUGAAAGGUCCUUUGGUGACCCAGCCCUGGGUUAGGCUCACAGUUAACGCAGACCGGAAACUAAGAUGGCUGCCCCCAACAGUGCUUAAUUUCUGAAAACAACAACAAUAGCGGAGAGUGAAGAAAGGGUGUCGGGGCUUAGUUUCCAGCAUUUGGUGCUUGGAGAUGGCUGGACCUGUGGUUUGUGAAGGCUCAGGUGCUUUUUGUUCAUUUAUCAAUUAUUCCGAGACCUCAGGCCAGUUUAUAUAAUCUGCAGAGCGAACUAAGAAAGUAGCUUUUCCACCUCAUGUUGUGAGUGAAGGAAGCUGCCUCUGAUUGUCCUCCUGGCCCAUUAUUGUAAAGAUUUAGGCGGUGGAGAGUCCUUUAUAUCAUCUGAUCCUCCUUCUCCUCUUUUUUUUUUUAAGCUGGAGAGGCUGGGGACUGAACCUGGAACCAUCCAUUUGCAAAGCAUGGAGCUAUAGACCCCACCUGUGGGAACUGCAUGCUUGAUUGGUUCACCCUAGGGAUGCAAAAUAGCGCCUUGCAUUUGGAAAAGCAGCACGCCAGAAACAAGGCUAGACUGCAGGCCAUCUCCCUAGCAUGCUGUUUUCCUGAGGGGAGUGGGGAGCUUCUUUUGUCAGAGAGCAUUCAGUCCAUUGAUUCCCUUCCCAAAGGCAGGCCUCCUAAAGUAGUCCAACCCACAUUCUUCCCUUGGCGCCUUGGCAAUGAAAAAGAGGGCUUAUCUACACUUACCUUUCUCCCUGUUCCUUCCAGGCGCAGGUCUGCACUUAAAAGCUCCAUGCCCAAACAUUUGCCAGGGGGUGGGGGCGAGUUGCCUAGCGCAAACAUCAAUUGGGGUUUUCUGUGGGUGGCUGUUUGCUCUGAUUGAGCUUUAAAGAGCAGGUUUUCAGUGGAAAAGGUCAAGAGCAGGGGUCAGCAACCUUUUUCAGC